UUUAGUUAUCUGUGAACAACUUGGGUGAGAAGUUGUGAGUACUUUGUAGCGUGUUGCGAGCACGUGCAAAAGGCAAAUAUAAGAAAUAAUAACUGAAUAAUGUUUAACACCUUAUAAAAAAUGCUUUAUCAGCUAUUUUUUGCAUAUAAUUUUUGAAAAUGUGGACAGUUUAAUUGAAUCAACACAGAUGUCUGUAUCAGUUUUAUGAUAUCGGCGGUCCAGUGAGGAAUGGAAAUGUCGCACCACGGAGGGGCGGAGGCCGAGAGCCUGUUGCGGGCUGAUAGGAGCACAAUCAUGCCGCAAAACAAACGUUGGGACGCCAACGAGGGCGAAAAGGCGCCCUUCCUACGCAAUGAGCCGGUUAAGCUGACACCGGCGUGGGAGGGCUCCAACCUGCCCAAUGACACGCUUAAUUUGAAAGGUAUUGCAAUGGACCUAGUGCCGCCGAAAGACAAAUGGAACCUAAUAUAUUUCACACUCAUGCUCCACGGUCUGGGCACGCUGACCGCAUGGAACAUGUUCAUCACGGCGAAGGACUAUUUCGUCGAAUACAAGCUCGCGAAUGCGCCGGGAUACGCGACCGAUUUCAUGACGUACGUCGGGUGGGCGGCCCAAGUGCCCAAUCUGCUGUUCAGCUGGUUCAACAUCUUCGUGCAGACCGGCGGUAACCUAACGACUCGGAUCGUGUGGUCACUAUGCAUAGAGGUGUUGAUAUUCGUGGUGACCGUUAUACUCGCGAUGCUGGAUAGCUCUGAAUGGCCGGACGUGUUCUUCUGGCUGACAAUGGUGUCGGUGUUCUUUUUAAAUGGUUUCAACGCAGUGUUUCAAAACUCAGUAUUUGGUGUGGCCGCUCGUUUGCCCCCACAGUAUACGGGAGCAGUAGUCCUAGGAUCCAAUAUUUGUGGAACCCUAAUAGUGUUCCUAAACUGGGGUUCCGAUGCGUUCACAAAGAGUGCCCGCACCUCCGCGAUAUACUACUUCAUUUGUGGCAUGUUUGUGCUACUCAUAUGUUUUGAUACUUACUUCGCCUUGCCGUUAAACAGAUUCUACCGGUACCACGAAACAUUGCAAGAGAGAACACUACGUGUGAACCCAACGUUGGCGUCGACAAACCAAAAUGCCAGUCCGGUGAAAAACAAGAUCCCAUAUGGGAUUAUAUUUAGACAAGCGUUCAUACAAUUGUAUAACAUAUUUAUUGUGUUCUUCGUGACACUUGCUAUCUUCCCAGCUGUGCAUUCUGACAUUAAACCAAUAACAGCAGGUUUCCUUGGCAAUAAUUUUGUUCGACUGACAUGUUUCUUGACAUUCAACUUUAUGGCAAUGAUUGGCAACAUCACGGCGAGUCUUUAUCAAUUCCCGGGUCCUCGCUGGUUAUCAUUGUUCACAACACUACGAAUAUUAUUCAUACCGUUGUUCCUGUUAUGUAAUUACCAUCCCAUGGGCCGAACAAGGACACUGCCAGUGGUGGUUAAUAAUGAUUGGGUGUAUUGGUUGAUGGCUGUGCUUCUGGGAUGGAGUUCGGGUCAUGGUAGCUCUCUGGGCAUGAUGUAUGUUAGUGGCACGGUUGCGCCAGAACACGCGCCAACAGCGGGCAUGUUGGGCGGCGCUGUGUUGGUUACGGGCAUCGUUGCCGGCAUCACCUUCUCGCGUUUCUGCCCUGCUAUAGUAUCCUUAGCUACUUGGACGAACAUGUAGCGCCUACUCACAUACCUUCGAACAUUCUGGAAUGUUCUUAUACGCAACUGAUAUGUGAAGUGAAAUGUAACAGUGAUAAUGAAGUGACAGUGAUAAAUAACCGUGAAAUAACAAUGUGGAGUAGCAGUGAUAAUUGAUGCUAUGAAGAGGUAUGUGAAAGUAGUGUGUUGUGUAGAAAGAAAUAGCUGUUAUUGUUGAUUGAUACAGGUUAUAAUAGUUUAUUGUGUAAAACGAUGACGGUAAAAAAUUAAUAAUGUUUGUUGCUGUGUUUGCAAAUCCCAUUUUUAUAUUCUCUUUGAGAUUGAGUUAUAACCUGUUAAAAAAAAGAUGAUAUUGCGUAUUUUCUCGCAAAUAAGAAUGAAAGUAGUUCACAGGUUUUGCGAGCAGAGCGAUGAAGACAUGUUAAAAAUGAAGAUUUUUUAAUAUGACAUAGUAAUAUACUAGUUAGUGUGUUCAUAAUUAAUCGGAUUGUUUAAAUUGAUAAUGUGUUGAUUAUAAUUUAAAUCAACUAUGAUAUAACCCAUGUUAUUUAGACUAAUAAUGAAAUUAGAUUUUAUAUAAUAUAUAAUAUAAUUGACAUAAGGUAAUGCCUUUGAAUAAGAAUAAUAACAUUACGUUUUGUUUACGAGGCUAUAUAAUAUUGGAGGUAUUGAUUAUAAUUUUGCAUAUCAGUUUUUAUGUUAAAAGUUGUUACAUUUUAUUGAAAGAGUAUUAUAUAGUAGCUAGUACAGACUGUUGUAGUAUUUGGCUGACUAUGAGCUAUGGAAUGAAAGAAUGUUAUAAAAAUUUAUAAAAAAAAAAUCAGUUAUUGCCAGCACAUAUUGAAUAAGUUUUGGUUUUAUUGCAAUAUGAACCAGGAACAUUUUUACAGGAAAAUCAUUAUCAUACUUUGGUUUUGACCUGCUACCCUAUAGUGUUAAGGUUAAUAAUGUUAUGUUAUUUGAACCCAAAGUAAUAAACUAUAAAUAUAGUUACGCAAUAAGCAAUAGAUACAUUAUGGAAUUGAUUUGAUUUUUGUACAAAGGAAAGCCUUUAUUGAGUACAAAUAUUUUAUAAUUGUGUGAUCUAAAAAGUAUUUGUUUGUUUUAUCAAGUAUCUCUAUUUGUGUUUGUUUUUUAAAAAUCAUGUAUUUACUCAAUGUAGGAACUUUAUAGUAACUAAUAUAUUUUCUUGUAAUAAUUGAAAUCCUUAAAAGUUGUAUCUCCACUUCUUUUUACAACAGUUUUACAGUUGUAGUGUUUAUUCUUCAAUAACUAUUUUGAUAUGUUACCAGUUCUAAAAACCUCACAUGAUUUGUAGAUAAAUGAUUUUUCACUUUCAAACAAUUUAAUAAUAGCAUUUAUGUUAUCAUUUUCAUAAGUGGUGCUAAUUUUUUGACUGGAAUUGCAAAAAAUACUUUAAAAUAUCAUGUAGACAAGCACAAAAUUAAUUUUAACAAAUGUAUGGGUAAGCUAGAAUUGUUAUUAAUUUAUGUACUAAAAAACCUAACCCAAUUUUAUUUUUGACUGACUGAUACUAAUGUGUACAAAUUAUGUAACUAGGUACUGUAGAUGUAUUGGUUUAUUCAAAUUAAAAACUGUUUAAAUAAUACCCA